CUUAAAAGGUUUCCUUUUUUAUUUUUUUGGCUAACUUGUUCUGAUUUUAAGCAUGGUUCCAUCUUGCUGAGACUAAGUUGAAAUAAAUGGCUCCCUCUGUGCAUUGUGGUGAUGAUGCUAUGUCCCUGCGUGUUCCAGGGCCAAGAAUGCCACACUUGAUGGUUGAUAGAGGAGAGGGGUCUCCAGUGCCUUUGUCUGAAAUGCCAGCCAGCUGUGGUUUCUCAGUGAAGCGGGUAUGCAGAGAUGUCUCAUUUAUUGCUCCAUACCGUAAUGUCCGAAAACAGGGUGGAAGUUAUGUUCUGCCGCUGAUUAUAAUGGAGGCACCAGUGCAGAUGUCUUGUCCUGUGACUCCAUCCCUCCCUACAGUCUCUUGCUUCCCCUCUGGCAUGGUUUUCUCACUUGGAGUAAGGACAGAUAAUGUUCAAAUUCAAGAUGGUGGAUCGUGGCAGCCUCUGCUUCUGAUGUACUCUAAAUGUGGGUUCACUUUGGACCGUACUGGUGGCACAGUGGUUGUCACCGCACCGUUCACAGGAAGCUGUUGGGAAAUUAAGGAUACUGACAGGCAACUCACUAUACUGUCUGGUGACCGAGAAUUGACUCUCUUGUCCUUUGACACUGCCAACAACUGCCCCUACAACUGUUCCUGCACCUCCCCCUACUGCAACUAUGUUGCCCCUACAGCCCCAGUUACUGUCCAAGACCCUGUUAGCAUGCCCAACCACCAUUUUACCCUUUCCCGAUUGGAAAACCAUGGUGGCAUUUUCUCCAUUUCCAUUCAGAACCUGUGCCUACUACCCAAGCUCCUCCACCCACAACUACGACUACUACAGCUACAACUGCUCUUUAUGACCCUGUAACCCAACAGCCCAUUUUCCCUCAUUAUCUCAUGCCAGUGUUUGAUCCAUAUUACUUCCACCAUAGUUAUCACAUUGGAGCACCACACCAGCCAGGCUGGCACCCAAUGUUUCCUUUCAACUUGAGCCCAGAUACUACGUCUCCUGCACCCAUCAUCCAUUGCCAUGGCUGCUCUGCCUGAGUAUGAGAAAUGUACCAGUUGCCCAUGUUUCAUAGCCCUGUCAAAUACCCCUUCAUGUCCCAGUUUCCUCCGCAUCAAUUUUUUGUGCCUCGUGGCCCUAAGCAUGUGCCUUGUGCCACACGGUCACUCUUUGCCUACAGGUCUCAUAGACAGCAGCUCAAUGCUUAAGUGUGGAUGUGUACAAAGUUACUUUAUUGUUCCUGAGGGAGAAGAAUAACAUGUGAAUAUGAAAAUACAAAUAAUGUGUAAGCCUAA